AUAAUAAAAAUUAAAAUGUACAAUUCAAACGAAUUCCUGCAUAGUGCUGGUGUAAGCCGGCACAUGCAGGCCACAGGCGAGGCACCGUCUCAAAAAACCAGCAUGAAACGUCGCUCUUGCGAAGUACCUUUAGGGGAUAUAUCGUCGAAUAACUUUAAAGUCUCUCUAGGGGAUAUAACGAAUGACGGUCCUAAUUAUGACUGCAGAUCGCUACGAUCAAUUAAGUCUGAGGAUACACGAUCGUUGAGGUAUUAUCGGCCUAUAGAUAGUCGUAGCGUGAAGAAUUUUCGCUCGUCUUUGGCUGAUAUUUCCACGCAGUCACUUUCAAGGCCUCCUAGUUAUGACCAGCUCUCUAGGCGAUCUAUACUGGACCCGUCGGAUGGUCAGGCGUUUACGUCUAGCAUAGAGGGAGUGCUGUGGUCUGAUGAAGAGGAAACGGAAUACUUCUACCAUGAGAACAUCACGUCUGCUUGGAAUCAAGAUCUCGCGGCGUUACGGCAACUGCUGGAGAGCGAAACCGGAGGCACAACUUGUCCGAGCUGUAACAUGCCCUUUGAUAAGGGCAAAAAGAGAAAGUUGAUUGACACUUGCGGACAUGAGCGGUGCUACGCUUGCAUGUUUAGGAACGAAUCUUGUCCUAUAUGUGCGAGGAAGAGUCAGCGGAAAGUGAUGGAGAGAUACACGCCGUCGCCGCAGAGGCUGGUCGAGCCGGAGUGGCAGUCCCCCCUGCGCCUCCCCAAGCCUCCUAAGCAGAGCCUCGCCCAGAGCUGCCCCACACCACCGCACACCAGAAGAAGAUUCUUCCUAAGUCCAAAGUCCUUGCGCAGCCCGUUCGCGCAACGCACGAGGCAUUCACACGAAAAUCACGUGCCUUUAUCAGGGCUGCCAGAGGAAGGUCCGAGGAGCGCGGCGUGGCCGAGCCUCGUGUUCAAUAAAAUAAGAUCUCUGUGGUCCGCACACUCGUCCGUGCCGCAGGGACUGAAUCAAUUGACAGAUGACGAAGGCGGUCACAUAAAGCAAGGCUAUGAGUCCAGACGGCAGAAUGACUUGUACAUGCGGCUUGGCUUGUUGCUCGGCGAGCGAAGGGGGUCCAGGAACAAAUCUAGGGACAGUUGUACGUCUCUUGCGUCCCUGGAUGCCCAUACACUUGCCUCGCAUAAUACUAGUCCGGUGUCAACCCUAACGGGGUCCUCAGAAGUGGACGCAGCCACCCCCCUCGGCAGGGACUCGCUAGGAUCUCUCGCAUCUAUGUCCCUAUCAGCUGCCAGCAAUUGCUCCUCCUCUAGUCCGGGCAGUAGACGACAUUCCGUCACAACACUACAAAAUGGUCGAGAGGAGCUAACACGCAUGUCGUCUGGUUUCUUUAAAACCAGGAAGACUGCAGCAAGACGGUCUGCAAGAGUCAGCAGUAAAGCAUCUUCUUCCUCUUCUGAACUUAAAAAAGUUCACCCAACCCCACAACUAACAUUACGACCGUUGUUCUUCGAAGUGCCGUCUACAGAUGACACGACAGCAUUCUCUGGGAGACAGUGGCUCAUGAGGGACAUGGAGAAAGCUCUAGAAUCUAGCGCUUCAGGUAUACUGAUCUCAGGAUGUCCAGGGACCGGUAAAACAGCAUUAAUACUACAACUAGUUGAAUACUCCUGCUUCGGUCGCAAGAGGAAUUUCGAAUACGAAGAAUUAAGAGAACAGUCUGAUAUUAGAGAAAUGCUGCCAGAAGAAAUAGCCGCAGGGAUGGUCACACAGCUAGCCUCGCAAGUUGUAGCUUAUCAUUUCUGUCAGGCUGACAACAAUAGUACAUGUUUAGUAGGUGAAUUUGUACAUUCCUUAGCGGCUCAGCUCUGUCAAGCGCCCAGACUACAAGCUUACAGAGAACACUUACUUAGUGAAGCGCAUCUUUUGGCCUGUCUCUCGUUAAAAGAAUGUAUCGCAGAUCCAGACUUAGCUUUUGUAAGAGGAAUCAUUGAACCUCUAACUUCUCUACGAAGAAAUGGAAGCAUAGAUUCCACAAAUAGCAUCAUCCUUGUCGAUGGUUUAUGUGAAGCAGAAUACCAUAGACCAGACCACGGCUACACGAUUGCUUCUUUCCUCUCUAGACACGUCCCUGAAAUGCCUUCAUGGCUCAAAAUUGUGGCAACUAUACGAACACAGUUUUUAGAGCUCACAAAACAAUUACCGUAUACCAGAAUAAGUUUGGACGAAUCGGAUAACGUUAAUAAAGAUUUGCUUGAAUAUUUCAACGCAAGAGUUCAAGCUGCUCCAAUUAUAGAGACAAAUGUCAAGAGCUCGACCGGAAAAUCGGAAGGAGUACAUAACCCAGUUAUGAAAUUCGCUCAAUACGUACUCCAUUUGAGUCAAGGCUCCUUUUUAUUCCUGAAACUCGUCCUAGAUCUUUUAGAACAAAGCCAUAUUGUCAUUAAAUCGACUAACUAUAAGGUCGUUCCAAUAUCGCUUGCCCAAAUAUUCCUGUUGCAGUUCAAUCUGCGAUUCCCCACCGUCCAGUCAUUUGAAAAAGUGACCCACAUUUUAAGCGUUUGCCUCGCUGCAUUAUAUCCCUUAACAUUAGUAGAAAUAUACUAUUCCGUAAAUUCCUUAUUAGUCGACACGUUCCUACCCUGGGAAGAAUUCUGUCACAGAUUCGAAAGUCUAUCCGACUUCCUCGUAAAACGCAUCGACAAUACAUACAUGUUCUUCCAUCCUUCCUUCAGGGAAUGGCUUAUCCGUCGAGAUGACAAUGAGAGCUCUAAAUUCCUCUGCGACUUAAGAGCUGGACAUUGCGGCAUCGCCUUCCGCUUAUCGCGAGUUCAAGCACCUUUAGAUCCAGAAAAAUCUAUGGAACUCGGUCACCAUAUAUUAAAAGCUCAUAUGUACAGAAAUCUUGGCCCAGCACAGUUAGGAUUAUGUCCUAGAGAUUUGCAAGCCACGAUGGUUGCAUCGAGCGCUGCCAAUGUUGGCGAAGCGAUAGCCAAUUUGAGGAAUAUUUAUACGCCGAAUGUGAAAGUUUCUAGACUAAUGCUAUUGGCUGGGGGUUCGCCCAAUCAAAUCACGGCAUGUUUAGGAAAUGCUCCAUUGCUGUGUAUGUAUGCGUAUCAAGGGAUAAUAGCAAUGGUAGGAUUGCUGAUUGAGUUUGGAGCUGAUUUAGAAAUGACUAAUUCUCAAGGAUGCACUGCACUGUCUUUGGCCUGUCAACGAGGACACACUGAUGUUGCGAGGAUGCUUAUUGCUUCAGGUGCCUCCCUAAGCCACACGGACACAGCUGAACAAACGCCAUUAGUGCACGCAGCGAAAAACGGUCACAGGGACACAGUGAUCUACCUCCUGGGUUGCCAGACCGGCAAGGACGAUAGGAACUCGAUAGAAAUAGAUGAUAGCAACAUUGAACAAUUAGUGCCCGGUGCGAGACACGCGUUGAUAGCUGCCGCGCAAAACGGUCAUUUGGAUAUCGUGGAGUAUUUGCUGGACACUGCUGAGUUGAUUCCGGACGGCAUCUGCCCAGUCACAGGGGAAACAGCUCUAACAGCAGCGUGUUCCACCGGCCAUGCUGCAAUCGCUGACGCUUUACUUAUCCGAGGAGCUACACCGUACUCUCUAAACGCUCGACAGAUGUCACCACUUGCGUUAGCGAGUAAAAACGGGAGGACAGCACUAGUGUUGAGAUUAUUGGACUCUGGGGCGGAUGUAUCGGGGUCGGGGGGGAAGAACCCGUUGAUUUUGGCUGCUGCAGAGGGACAUGCUGAUGUUUUGGAAAUGCUGUUGGCGCAUUGCGCGGACCCCGCGGCGUGCGACGCGGACGGCGUGUGCGCGCUGGGCUGGGCCGCGCUGCGCGCGCGCCACGCCGCCGUCACCGUGCUGCUCGAUAAGGGCGCUGCUAUUGACCAACCCGACGGCAACGGUCGUACUCCCCUCGGUCUAGCGUGCGGAGGACCGGCGGACCUGGUCGAGAUGUUGUUAGAACGUGGUGCUUCUCUAGAAAAGGUCGACCAUAGCGGUCUUAGGCCGUUGGACCGGGCGAUCGGACAGAGGAAUGUUGCUGUGGUAAAUUGUUUUUUGAGGAAAGGAGCGAAACUCGGACCCACGACAUGGGUAAUGGCAUCAGGCAAACCAGAAUUUAUGCUAAUCCUCCUAAACAAGCUCCUAGAGGACGGCAAUCUCCUCUACCGCAAAAAUAGACCCUCUGAAGCUGCACAUAGGUACCAAUAUGCGUUGAAGAAGAUCAACCCGUUGAUAAGUGACGAGGGACUCACUACACCGGGCACUCAGCCCGUACCGAGUGAACAUGUGGCUGCGUUUGUACAACUUAAGACUAAUUUGCUGCUUAACUUGUCUAGGUGUAAGCGGAAACUUAACGAGCCCUCUGAAGCGCUAGACCUAGCAGCCCGGGCCUCUGUACUACGCCCAAACGCGUUCGAAUGCGCCUACGCAAUGUCUCGCGCUAUACUCGCCCUUAACAAACCCGCAGACGCCCUCCCACACGCCCGUAGAGCUCUCCUACUAGCGCCACCUACUGACCUCUCCGCUACUAGAACGUUAAAGGCUUUACAACAGGAAAUACUGUCUAGAAUGAACACGACUCAUAACUUGGAAACGCGCUCCAUGAGGAACUAUGAUAGCAUCAGUUUGAACAUGCCUUAAUACGUGUAAUUCGGCCUUUACAAUCGCAGUUUAUUAGAAAGAGAUAGUCGGUUUGAUUGGGCUUUAAUCUGUUUGUAGUUGCCUUAAUAAAGUUUGUAUCGGUGUGAAGUGGCUUUAAUAUUUUAAAUUCGAAUUUGAGAAACUAUUUUAAUAAAAUAUAUUUACUCUGUGUGGUUGAUAUUGUAUUAUGAUAGUACAAAAUGGCAGAGCUGUAUGAACAGAAUAUUUAUAAAUUCGAGCAUCUGAAUUAUGGUGUUAUCUAUAGAAGAUUUUAAAGUCGAAACGAACGAAAUAAAUGUAACGUAUGCCAGGCAUACGAUUAUUUAAUGUAUAAAAUCUUUUCAUUAUUCUGAUUCACGCAAUUUGUAAUUUGCGUUACUUUCUUAACGAUUACUUAAAAUAGAUGUAAUAAAAUAAACUUAAAUAUACUGUAAUUUUAGCAUUUGUACAAUUUCAGUUAUGUUUUUGGUAAUUUUAUUAGUACCUUUAGUUUGUUGUCUAUGUCCAAUUUAAUGUAAUCCAUAUAUUCAAUUAAAAAAAAAUUGGCUUAUCAUUUUACGAAACUAGUUUUCGUCUAUAUAUUAUAAAAAUUACGAAUUGAUUUGAGUCAUCGUAUGUAGUAAUUUAUGUCUAUUUUUUGGUUCUUAAGCCAUUAUAUUUAGAGUACAUUUUUGUAUAAAUGUAUGUCUUAUAUUUAUAUUUUACAGAGUGCUGGCUCAUACUUAGCGUAGUUUGAUAGUUUUUGUGUUUUGAAUAUUAUUACUUAAUCGUUUUAGUUUAGACUUGUAUGUGAUCAAAUGACAUUUAUGUAAAUAAGUAUUUUUUCCUAUUAAAAUUGUAUUACAUAUAAUGUACAGUUUAAAAAUGUAGUUAAUAAGUACUCGAAUAUAUUUUCGCUUGCCAUUUAUUAUUCGAUGCUUUAAAAUUUGAUGCAAUAAACAAUUUUAGGUUUGGAAAAUGACGGUAGUUUCAAAUUUACUUAUUUUUAAAUGAAUUGUUAUUAUUUAAAUAUACAUUUGAGUAAAACUCGCGUGCCUAUUGUCUUGCUAUAUUCUUUAUUUAUUUAAAAAUACAGUUCAUACCAAAUUUUAUGGACACUGACAGAAAUCGUAUUCUGAAAUAUAAAUAAAAUAUUGGUUAAAUUCUAAAAAAAAAACAGCGUUCAUAAAGUUUGAAGACGAACAAUUACUACUUAAGUUUGUAAUAAAUUGUACGCAUGAUGACAAAUUUUGUGGUAUUGUAACAUAUUUUGUUAGUAAAAUGUUUGAUAUUUAUAAUCUAAUACAUAAAAGAAGGCUAUUUAUCCUCUAUAUAUUAUUUUGAAUGUCAAAUUAACUUCUCUUCAUAAUAAAAUUCAAAUUGGAAAAUGUUUAAAAGACUGACAAAUUUUGAUGUAGAACCCAUACAAUUGUAUUAAAACUGUAGACUUGUAAGAUUUUGUUAAGUACAAUAGUUUCUGUGGUUACAGAAAUAAUUAUUAUGAUUUAUGAAUACAUUUUACACAUUGCUUCGA